AAAUAAUCGUUUUUAACUUCCUUUACUUCAUUAUUAGCAACCUUCUUCGGUUUAUUUUGGAGAGUGCGCUGCAGGGGUCAGACGCUGUUUCCUGAACCGAAAACCUUGUUUUCAUAGCAAAAUACAUUUGCGUAGAAAGCAGUUUAUCCACAAGAAUGUGUGCUGUGUUGGGACAGGUCUUCGUACUCAUUUUGAAAGGAGUGAGAAACGAAGUAAAGGCAUGGAAACCUUGGAGAACCGCACUAAAGCCUUUUCAGUGCAAAUCCUGUGGAAUGUAUAUGACGGCAAAGGCCUGUGGAAAGCGACAGCACCGUGACGCUGGCAUGCUGCUGAUGGAGUGAGUCGGGAUCGCUGAGAGUAUGCAGCUGCUACGGGUGUCUUUGCUGGUAUACCGUCAAAACGUUAUGUGAAUACCUUGUUGUGCUGCUCAAAAUCCCCUAGUUUUCUGAUAUCCUGCGCGGUGUUUUCCGUGUCGAUUCACACCUCCCGUUCAAAAAAAAAGAGCACUACGCAGACCCAGACUGAUCAUACGCUGCAAAAUCACUUUGGAUUUACAGUAUAUGAGAUGUUAUCAUUAGAUAUCAGUCUAAUUAUUAUAGGCCUGUUGAACGUCCCUGUCGGUCUCGUUGAAUUAUAGCAUCUUCUGAUAUAAGGUAGCCGAACCCGACUUGUGGAUUUCUGAGACUGGCCAAUUAAAUCUGAGUGACGGAGAUCUCAAGUGACUAUGAGAGGCGUACAGUGAGUAACCUUGUUACUUCCAAUGGAUUCGAAGCUACGAGAGGAUCUUUAUAAGAAGUAUGUUUCUUUCCUGGAGUCACAACUUGAAGUUGCUGGUGGAGCAGGAGCACAGCAGCACCAGCGUCCACAACAGCAUGGUAUUAGCGAAACUGAACUUAAUUCAGCUGCAACAGCAUUCCUUAGUCUGUACCAGGUGGAUCCAGCGCAUCGAUUUUGGAUAGUCCGUUUUUAUGAAAUUGCAGAAAAUGCAUUGCGUACAAUUAGAAGCUCAAGCCUUGAAGCACUAGAGACUGCAUUUGCUACUUUGGAAACAAUCUGCACCAAUCUACUACUUUAUCCUUGGAAAAAGGAAUUUCGCACCCUCAAGACCUUCACUGGGCCUUAUGUUUAUUGUCUACAGUCGGCUUUAUGCGAGUCAGACCUACGCAGUCUGCUUCGUUCUAUGGGUUACUCAAAAGACCAGGAAUUGCUGUAUCAUGCUCGGGAAGCACCAGGUGGUUUUUCUCAGCUACGCCAACUUGCAUUUGAGCUUUUUUUAGCACGAAUGGAAUGUCGGUUGCUAAAGGAAUUGGUGUCCCAGGCUGGUGGAGGGCUUGCUUUGGAGGUGGAGGCUGUGGAAAUACGUAGGAUCAGUAGGGAAGAUGCUAGAGGUUGCGCUGAAGCUUUGUGUCACCAAGAAGCCCUCAUUGGAGAAGUAUCUCGCCUCUUUGUGCAGCGUGUUGAGCCUGACCGAGCUUACCUUAAACGUGGUGGACGACCUUCAAAAUCUGUAGAUGUGACUGAUGGUGCAGGUCACUGGCAGCCUGCUACCAAGCCUGUUCUGAAAGCCUCUCUCAGUCUACGUAAAGAACCACUGUUUGUAGAUGCUGAAGAAGACCAGAAGGAUGAAAUUAUCCGUCCAACUCCCUCCUUACUUUCUGUAGCUGGAAACCCCUAUAGCCCUGUGGCUGACUUCUUUCCUGUUCCUCCAUCUUCCUUGGAACAAACACAGCAUUCUUCCUACCCUUAUAUGUCUUCACUUGAAGAGGUAGACCUCUACACUGACCGUAGUGGCUUCCGCCUCCCUUCUCGACAACAGUGUCGUGACCCAAGAGAUGGCAGGGAGAACUGGGGUUCCAAAAGUCCAGCUGCUUCAACUGCUGGUAUGAAGUGCCAGAUUUGUGGGCUUGGUACCAGUAGCCUUGCUGCGUGUCAGAAAUGUGAUAUGAUCAUGUGUCCUAGCUGCCAUGCAGAUGACCAUUCAUCUUGUUGUGGAAUGCAAGACUUUCCUAAAGUUACAAGGCCUAGUGAGGGGUACCUGCCUGUUAAAGAAAAGAUUUGUGUCUAUUCUAGUACUCAGUCACAAGUUCCUGAAAAAACACUCUCCACAUCUAAGUUUUUUCCUGGUAAGACCGGUACUACUACAAGCAGUGGUUCACGAUGUGGAUUUUGUAAUAAGCCUGGAGCCUCCAACACAUGUCUUCAGUGCUCAAAGGUGUCCUGUGACAGUUGCAUUAUACUAUAUGCAAAGGACAUUUGUGGACGAAAAAAUAUGCUCCACAAUUUUGCAUCCAACAACCAGCUUAAUUACAAGUCCAGUUCUAUUUCUCACCUAGUAUAUCGAUAGGAAAAGCUAGGAUUCUAGGUACUUUUGAAAGUUUUUACACAAGAAAUUAUAGAUCUGUAUCUCCAUCUGGAGUAUGUUGCCACAAGCUGGAUGAUGGUAUGUGGAUAUUUCAUAUAUCAUAAUAUGGACGCUCUUGGUCCCCAUUGCAGAUCUCUUAAACUCCUUUUAGUUGCAGGUGUUUCAGUCAUCCCAUGUCUCAUCAUAUCUAUCAAUCAACACAUGUCUAGUGCAUUUGGUAAAAUAAUUAGAUUGCCAAAAGCAAAACCUGAAGUUUAUAACAGGGUUUAUUCGGUGAAAAUGUAUGGAAAAGUAUGUGCCUGUCCGUGGGUUUGGAAUUUAAUCCAUAUUUAAAUUUCUGCUGUAUUUUGUAGUGUUCUUGAAUAAUUUUACAUUUAGGACACCAGAAAGCUAAUGUUAACUUUUAUCUAUAUAACUACUUGUGAAAAAUGUGACUUAAAUUACAAUGCUUUUAAUAAAUCUCAUGUUUUCAGUGCAGUGUUUACAGCCGUUCACGGCACGGAGUCAGAAGUGUGUGCUGUAUUGCACCAAUUUUCAGUGGCAAUGCUUUUGCUUUUAUGCGAUCACCAGUAGUCAUUGCACCUGCAUACAGAUUAUAUUACUUCAUGACCGUAUAUAGCGAGUUUGAGGUUACCACUUCAGUUCUUGUCUUGCACUGAAGGAAGUGAUCAGUGAACUGAGCUCUUCUUGUUUUGUUUUAAUAACUGAACAAACUGGUUACAUGCUCGAGUUGGCUUGACAAUUACUGUGAUACAAAUUGUUCCUGUUUACAGCACUUUCAUUAUUUUGUUUUCAUGACUGUUUUGUUUUUGCUGGUUUGUUCAAAUGGACAGUGUUCUUCUUAUCACGCGGGACACUUUUCUCAGUCUUUACCAAUAUAGCUUCCCAUGUUGAUGUGGAAUCUAAUAAAAUGUGUAUUUAAACAAAAUAAUGGGAUUGGUUAUUUAUGUAGGAAUCCUUUUUAUAUUCUCGCCCUGCUUUUUGGUGUGAUUUUCAUUUUUUCCUUAGGCAAAUGAAGUGUUGCAUCAGUAAUUGAACGCAAGUCAAGAUUUGGCCUUAAAAUGUUUGUGUUUCGAACACUGUACUUAAAUAGACAUUUGACUGUGCUUUGUUUUAACAUAUUGAUGUAAAAUUAUUUUACAUAUGUUGAUUAUUGUGUAUUUUCAGCAUGUAAAGAGUUGCCAUAAAAUCUGAAAAAGAGUACUGUAUAUCUUGUGGAAUAUUUAAGAACAGAAAAUAUCAUGUGGCAAAAUUUUGCCAUAAUCUCACGCAUUUCAAACCCUGAUAUGUAUAUUACUGUUCUAACUGUGAAAAUAUAUAGAUCUGUAUUUUCUAGUAAUGAAUUUGCUCGUUUCUUUUUUUUUUUAUAAAUCUUUUCAAGAUAUUUGUUUGAUUUGAAGCUCAAGCUUUUAAAUAGGGGUGGUGCCUUCAAUUAACCAAGGAUAACUGGAGUUAUAAUACGUUUUUGCAGAGCUGAAAAAAUGUAUACUGCAAAUGUUGUGCAAUGUUUUGUAAGCACUUUGUGUAUACCUUCAAACAUUACCCUCUUGACAAUAUUUUGGUUUUCUUUUAGUAAAGUGGGUCUUGCUGGAAAAUAUGCCUCAUUUUAGAAAGUCUUGUCCAGUCCCUUCUGGAAUGUGAAACCUAUCUAGAAAAAUGAGAAAAUGGAGAAAGCUUCAAGAAAAGUGGCAGUUUAAAGUAGUUAAAUGUUUAGAUUUCAUCUUAAAUCUUAUUUAAAAAAAGAAAGUUGUCCUACUACUUAGUUUAAGUAGGAGUCUUAAGUUUAACAAAGAAGUGGGCAAUUUUUGUUUGGAAGUGGUCAUUUGACAUCAUAUCAGUGUUUUUUUUUUUUUUUUAACUUCUUAAACACUAACACUGAUUUUUCUUAGUUUUGGAUACAUUGUUACAACUUUGCUUAUACUGAAUUAAUCUCUUUACUGAUUUAUAAUCAGUGGGGUCAGUUUUUUUUUUUUUAUUUAAUUUUCAUGAUAACACAUGAACAUGCAAUCUUGCUAAAUAAAAUUAAUAUUUUUAGACUAUUUAAAAAUGUGGCAUUGUUUAAUAUAUAUAAUCAAAAAUGCAGAGCAGCAACAUGUUUGCUAGCUGUUUCAGAAUGCCGUACCAUGUUACAGGUGUAAGGUUUUAUACUAUUCUUUUGCGCAACUUUUAUUGUAUGUCUUUUUAUAUACUAUGCAAACAAUUGUAAAAUGCAGAUUUUUCCAUGUCUUAUUUCAGUUUUUACAUUCUGUGUAUAUAUGUAGUGUUUUUGUCUAUAUUGUCAUCAAAUUCCUAAGCAGAUUAGAAUUUCAAGUUAAUAAGUGCUUCACACACUAGUUGCACAUAUGUGCACAAUUAAUAGUAUGAAGAAGUAAACACGUUGGGGAAGUGUCUAAGGUUCAGAAUGUGUGCAGUUUGGAGAGUAGGUGUUUUAAUAAGUUGAACUGUUAUCUGUCUUAUCCACUAAAUUAUGUGCUUAAUGUUCAGAAUAUUGGACUAUAAAUGAAAUUCAUUUCACAUCAGGUUAAAGGCAUCCUUGAUAUAAACGUGCAGUAUCCAACUAUUUUGACCUUCCAGUGCCCUAUUUAGAGAGAGAUGUUAGUAUGGUACAUGGUUAACACACACAUUACUCAAAGCUGUUUACCUCUAGCAGGAAAUUUGCAGAGUAUAUUCACUUUGCCAGCUGCAUGGCAGCUCAAUAAUUAGCACCGUUGCCUCACAAAUCUAAUAUACUGGGUUCAGGUACCAGCUGUUUUCUUUGCUGAGUUCUCCCCAUAACUGUAUGUAUUAUCCUUGGUAUACCCUGGUUUCCUUUUACCUCUCCCAAGGAUAUGUGUGUGUUGUUAAUUGGCGAUUCCAAUUGGCACUGUGAUUAUUUUUUGCCCUUAUCUGAAAGUCUUGUUUCUGCCUUGGGUAGGGUCCAUCCACCCAUGAUCCUGAAUUGGAUUAAGAUGGUUUAAGAAUGUGAUGCUACGUUUGUUUUGCAUUGAAAUAUUAUUUUGCACUAAAUGUAAGGAAUCUUUAAACUGCAGAUGUAUUAUUUGGGUGAUGGGUAACAAUGCAAUAAAUAAAAAAGUGAAUUCUUUCAGACUUGCACCCCAUAUUAAGAAUACCUUUAAAUAUGCACUUUAUAGUCUAUUGAAAGUGAGAUUAACACUGUUUUUGGGUUGGGUGGUGGUGGUGUUGUGGGGUUUGGAUUGCAAUAUUAUGUGCUUCAAUAUUUAAUUAGUGUGUGGGAUAAUGUAUGCAUUAAACAUGAAAUGUUAUAGCUAUAUCACCCUCAUUACAUCUGAGGUAAUGUGGCAGUCCGCAAUUUUUCCACAGCCCUAUGACUAAGGUUUAGUUUUGCAGAAACCCUGUGUUCUGACAUAUAGUCUCACAAUAAUAGGUUAGAGUGCAUCAGAAUAAUCCCUUAUUGUUGAAGAGUUAGUAGAGCAUGCAUUAUGAAAGUGUGUAUAAAUCCUCCCUCCAACUUUAGAGCAUACAGUAUAUUCCUUUGAGUUUGCUAAUCAUGUCAGGCUUGGGGCCAACUUUGUAAAGGUGUUAGGUGUUCAGUAAAUAUGGAAACCUCUGUGCAGUUUUAGGUUGCCAGGUAAGUUAAGAGUUAAAGAAUUGACUCAAGUUUUUUUUUUCCCCAGACACCAGUAUUUUAUUUAAUAGUAUUGAGUGCUGGUGUGUGUUAUUGGCAGCUAAAAUCUGGCAUGUUUGUAGACAUCACUGUGUCUUGUGCCAUUUGUAGUGCCCACCCUCCUGAAAAUGCAGUGAAUACUUCCUGUGAACAAAAUGUAAAGAGUGAUGUUCAAGCAGGGUUUAUUUUUUAUUUUCUAUUUAUUUUUUUUUUGUAUUUUUGGAAGAAGUAGCCAAAUGAUUUGUUAGUAAAAACAUAAUUUUCUAACACAAUGCCAAGAAUAAAACACUAUUUAAACAGAAAAUAGUUUUGUUUGCUUUUU